GUACAUAAGAGUCGAUUUUUUAUUGAUUACAAUUACAAUAAUUCAAAAAUGAAAAAAAUCGAACCGAAUUUUAUUUGUAAUAUUGAAUAAUUUAUAAAAUAUAUCACAAACAACGUAUUUUUGGAGUAUAUAAGUUUACUCAUAAAUCAAACAAGAUGAAGAAAAAUAUAUCUUUCGAUAAAAAUCCAUUGGAUAAAAGCACAAAAUUAAAAAAAUGGUAUGAAGAAUACCCAAAAACAGAAGAGCCAUGUAAACACAGCAAAAGUGAAAUGGAUGUUAUGAAUUUGAAAGAUGAAGCCAAAAAAUGUUUAAAUUCAGAAAGUACUGCAUAUCAUAUGAAAGAAUCAAAGGCAAGAAAUUCAGAUUAUUCUUGGUGGAAAAGUGCAUUUUUCAAAGGCACAAUAAAAGAUAAAGUAGCUGCUGGAAUAAUUUUAGUUCAGAGCAAUCCAAAAUAUAACUUAAAUUAUCUCCUGUCUCUAGUUUCUCAAGUAAAAGUAGCUAAACAUAAUAAGUGUGGAGAGGUGAUAACCAAUUUGAAGGAACUUUUUUUGACUGAAUUACUUCACCCAAAUUUCAAAUUGAUAAAAUUUGAAGAACAAAAUUUAGAUCAAUUAGACAGUUACAACAAAUCUUUUGAUGUAGCUAAUUUGGAUAAUUUAAACAAUAAACCAGUUUUAUCAAAAAACAAAUUAUUAACUCUUUGGUAUUUUGAAGAUCAAUUAAAAGAAAUCUAUGAAAAGUUCAUUACAGCAUUAUCUGCAAUUGCUAAUGACACUGUGGACACAAAUAGAGAAAAGGCAGUAGGAGUUAUGAAUGAUCUGCUCAUGGGAAAUCCAGAGCAAGAGCAAAAAUUACUUGACUUUUUAAUCAAUAAAAUUGGUGAUCCAAGCAGCAAAAUUGCAUCGAAGACAGUUUUUUGCCUUACAAAGCUAUUAUACAAACAUCCAAAUAUGAAACUCAUUGUUUUAAAAGAAGUGGAAAAGUUUUUGUUUAGAGCUAAUAUUUCUUCUAAAGCUCAAUAUUUUGCAAUCUGUUUGUUAACACAAUUUGUACUAUCAAUAGAAGACACAGAAGUGGCAACAACUCUUAUAGAAGUAUAUUUUGCAUUCUUCAAAGCAUGUUUGAAAAAAGGUGAACCUGAUAGUAGAAUGAUGGCUGCUAUUUUGAUUGGUGUGAACAGAGCAUAUCGCUUUUCUGACACUAGCUCUAUAAAAUUGAACAGUCACAUUGAAUCAGUCUACAGAGUAGUUCAUGUUGGGUCAUUUAAUGUAUCAUUGAAUGCUUUGAGUUUGUUAUUCCAGGUUGUUAGUAAAAAUCCUGAUCAAUCUAACAGGUUUUAUUCUGCAUUUUAUCGUAAACUUUUGGAUCCGCAAAUUGGAGUAGCAAAUAAAAGAGCAGUUUUUUUGAAUUUAUUAUUCAGAGUAAUGAAGAACGAUCCAAGUAUUCUUAGACUUCAUGCAUACAUUAAAAGAGUUCUUCAAAUUUCAGCUUUUUUUCCUGCAAAUAUGACUUGUGCUAUUUUAUAUACAAUUUCGCAAGUAUUACGUUUCAAAAAAAUUUCAAAUAAAAUUUUAGUCAGAUGUGUAGGAAGCGAAGAUAAAAAAAAUGAUUAUCAUAACAGUGCAAAAGAGCUUGAUGAGGAUGAAGAGCUAAAAGAAAAAACAUCAAGAAAGAGGAAAGUUGAAAAUUCCAUUAUAUUAUCAAAUGUAAUUAUUGAUACCAUUAGAGAGGAAAAUAAUUUAAAAAAUGACCAAGUUCAGACUGAAAAUAUUGCUGAAGUCAAACCAGAGUAUAAAGCAACAUGUUAUAAUGCUUUUGCAAGAAAUCCACUAUUUGCUGGAGCAAACUUAAGUAUUUACACAGAAUUAGUAGCUCUUGCAAAUCACUUUCAUCCCAGUGUUGCUUUAUUUGCUAGUACAAUUCUAGAAGGUAAACCUAUUGAAUACACUGGAGAUCCUCUUCAAGAUUUAGCUUUAAUUCGCUUUUUAGACAGAUAUGUAUUUAAAAAUCCUAAAAAGUUAGAAAGUAAAAAAGUUGUGAAGAAGAAUGAUCCAUUAGCUCACAGAGUAGCUUACACCCCUAAGGGAAUUCGUACGCUUCCUGUUGACAGCAUGGCGUAUUUGAAUGAACGAGAAGAUAAAAUACCAGUUGAUGAAUUGUUCCUUUAUCGAUAUCUUCGAAAGCGUAAAGAACAGAAAAGUAUCAGAAGCCAUGACGACGAUGAUGAUAUUGAGAGUGUAAAUAGUGAAGAUUUUAAUGAUAUGUUGGAUCAAUUAAGUAAGACUAAACAUAUUGAUAAAUUAGAUGUUGCUAGUGAUUUCAGUAGCAAACCCAAAAAAUCAAAAGGUAAAGAGGAUGAUAUGGAUGAAAUGUCUGAUGAAGGUGAAGACAGUGAUAUAGAAAAUGUUGAAGUUGAUGAUGAUGAAGAUCAAGAAGAAUUAGAGACGGACGACGAUGACGGCAUCGACUUCCAAGAUUUGGACGACCUGGAUCUGGAAGAUAUCGACGAUGAUGCUAGCGAUAUGGAAUUCAACGAUAAUGACAGUGAUGAUUUAAAAGAAAGGCCUCUAAAGAAAAGAAAACUAAACAAAAGUGACAGAAAACACAAACCCCAAGUUAAAGGUCUACCCAAAAAUACAUUUGUCUCGUCCGAAGAGUUUGCAGAAAUGUUGGAAAACCAGGGACGUUCGAAGUUUAAAUAUGGAGCAAGUAAGUCGUUAAGCGACCGCGACGGAGCCAGUGUGAAACAGUUGGAUUGGGAAACUAACCGUAAUCAACGAAUUAGCGGUUAUCGCAAGGACAAGAAAGAAAAAAAACUGUUUAAUAAUUUCAAAAGUAAAAAGCAUUUUUCAAAGGCACAAAAACUAGCAAAACGUAAACAGUAAAUUAUUUGAUUAUAGAUUUGAAGUAUUGUAUAGUUUAAU